UUAAUUUGAACAGGCUGUAUUGUGUGUGCUACAACUUGCUUCUUCCUCUUAACGAUAAAUCCUGGAUAGCUUUCUCCGCCAAGAUACCUCGAUCUGCCUCAUUUUAGCGAUUCUUUGUCCUUGCACCUGCGAUUCCCUGAGCUCCAGUUUUCGUCCUGCCUCCCUUCCUCCCGGCGUUUGUGAUUGCCUGGCCUCAUGGGGUGCACUGCGGCGCGAGGCGCGGCUGGAGGCCCGGCGGGUGGGCGGGGUUCGAGGCCGCUCGGGACAUGCAGAUGAGGUGGGCGGGGCCCCACAUAUACCCGGGGUUAGCGGCGGGCCAGAGCGCCGGGCCUUGGCGGACUCAGUCGGAGGUGGCCUGCGGCACCUGCUUUCCAGAGCGCAGCGGAGCCUGGUCCCGGGCUGCCCCCGGAGCGGGCCAUGCCCCCGCGGGAGCUGAGCGAGGCCGAGUCGUCCCCGCUCCGGGCCUCGACCCCUCCCCCGCGGCGGGGCAGCGCUCCCCCGGAGCUGGGCAUCAAGUGUGUGCUGGUGGGCGACGGCGCCGUGGGCAAGAGCAGCCUCAUUGUCAGCUACACCUGCAAUGGAUACCCCGCGCGCUACCGGCCCACAGCGCUGGACACCUUCUCCGUGCAAGUCCUGGUGGAUGGAGCGCCGGUGCGCAUUGAGCUCUGGGACACAGCGGGACAGGAAGACUUUGACCGCCUCCGCUCUCUCUGCUACCCGGAUACCGAUGUCUUCUUGGCCUGCUUCAGCGUGGUGCAGCCCAGCUCUUUCCAGAACAUCACAGAGAAAUGGCUGCCGGAGAUCCGCACUCACAACCCCCAGGCACCUGUGCUGCUGGUGGGUACGCAGGCCGACCUGAGGGACGAUGUCAAUGUACUGAUUCAGUUGGACCAGGGGGGCCGGGAGGGCCCCGUGCCCCAACCCCAGGCUCAGGGUCUAGCAGAGAAAAUCCGAGCCUCCUGCUACCUUGAGUGCUCCGCUUUGACGCAGAAGAACUUGAAAGAGGUGUUUGACUCGGCUAUUCUCAGCGCCAUUGAACAUAAAGCCCGGCUGGAGAAGAAACUGAAUGCCAAAGGUGUGCGUACCCUCUCCCGCUGCCGCUGGAAGAAGUUCUUUUGCUUUGUUUGAAGAGCCUCGGUGGCUAGGGAGUAGUAGGCAUAAGCCCACAGACUUCUGGAAACUGGGGCUUUUGAGGGGGAUGCUGGCAGGGCCAGGCCACCCCAUGGGACUCAGUUCCAUCUGAACACUGUGAGGACACAGGCCUCCAACUGCCCACUCUAUAGGUGAGGGGCUCUGAUUUGGAUUUCUGUGGUCAGGGUCACAGAGAAAUCAAAUCCCAGCACUUUCAUUUUCGUGGGCUGGUCCUAACAGUGCCAACCACCUCACCUCCAAGCAUUUUGGGAUCCAAUUCCCAGUUUCUUAUCAUGAGCCCUUAGGUCAGCCUGGCUGAAUUAGGACCCCCUAUGGUGGUCCCCACCUUGGCACAGCGGGAGAGGAAGAGCCAGGCAUUUUGGAGGGCAGGAGGGUGUCCAGCCCUGAUUUGGAGAGAAGUUCGGGAUGGACUGGGUAAGAGGUCAAGGAGAGACAGAGAAGGGAGCUGAAAGUGAGGUCUUGGAGCCUUGGGACAGGAGGCAGUAUGGUGAGGAGGCAGGUCAGAGGGCUAGGUUUGGAAGAGGGAAGACAAGGAGAGCAGAAAAGUGGGGCAGCUGAAGAUUAAGGCUGACACCUGGGCUGCCCUCUGCCCCCAGGGCCCGGGAGGGCAGGGCUGGUCCCUGGGAAGAACUGGGACUCAGGGCUCCCUAGGCACUGCCCAAACUGGCUGGGCCAGGAGCAGGGCAGGAAGUGAGAGGCAAGGCCCAGCAAGAGGAGGGGGAGGAGCUUCAACCUAGAGCCUAGAGGAGUAAGGGGCUGGGGUCACUUUUCUCUAAGGCACAGCCUAGAAGGUAGGACGGUACAGACUCUACAAAUAAAGUCUUAGGUUUCUGAA